CAGUCCUAAAACUUCUCCCAGUCACUCGUUCUAACUAAUUCAUUCAAAGAAGGCAAUUCCAGCGAGGAGAGAGAAACUGUGUGAUUCUAGAGGGAGAAAGUGAGUGAUUUUAGAGCGAGUGUUCGUUCUCGUCGGCCUCUGGCGUCGUCUUAAUCUCGAUCUCGUAGUUCGAUUUGCAUUUCGAAAAUGGUGGAUCAGUACGUGUUAGGUUCGAUCUUCGCUGCAUUUCUUGGGGUCGUGGUGUUGUACAACUUGUUUGCGAGGAGAAAUGGGAAGAGAGGGUCAGUGGAGGUCAGCCAGAGCACCACUACCACCACCACCACCGCCAUUAACGGAGAAUGCAGAUCCAAGACCGGCGCCGUCGAUGUCAUCAUCGUCGGCGCCGGCGUUGCUGGUGCGGCUCUCGCUCACACUCUCGGCAAGGAUGGGCGUCGGGUGUGCGUGAUUGAAAGAGAUUUGACAGAGCCUGACCGAAUUGUUGGAGAAUUGCUGCAACCUGGCGGCUACCUCAAAUUGAUUGAGUUAGGACUUGAAGAUUGUGUGGAGAACAUUGAUGCCCAGCGGGUGUUUGGUUAUGCUCUUUUCAAGGACGGAAAGAAUACUCGGCUCUCUUAUCCAUUGGAAAAAUUUCACUCUGAUGUUUCAGGAAGGAGUUUUCACAAUGGUCGAUUCAUUCAAAAAAUGCGGGAGAAAGCUGCAACCCUACCAAAUGUGCAACUCGAGCAAGGAACAGUCACAUCUCUGCUUGAAGAAGAAGGGACCAUUAAAGGUGUGCAAUACAAGACUAAAAAUGGUGAUGAAGUGAGAGCUUAUGCACCUCUGACCAUUGUAUGUGAUGGCUGUUUUUCGAACUUGCGCCGUUCCCUUUGCACACCUAAGGUAGACGUGCCCUCUUGUUUUGUUGGUUUAUUGUUAGAGAACUGCAAUCUUCCAUAUGUCAACCAUGGGCAUGUUAUUUUGGCCGAUCCAUCCCCCAUCUUAUUUUACAAGAUCAGCAGUACGGAGAUACGCUGUUUGGUUGAUGUGCCCGGUCAAAAGGUGCCUUCUAUUUCAAAUGGUGAAAUGGCCAAGUAUUUGAAGACUUUUGUUGCUUCCCAGAUUCCUCCUCAGCUGUAUGAUGCCUUCAUUGCUGCAAUUGAUAAAGGAAACAUAAGGACAAUGCCAAACAGAAGCAUGCCAGCUGAUCCUCAUCCUACUCCCGGGGCCCUAUUGAUGGGAGACGCAUUCAACAUGCGCCACCCGCUAACUGGUGGAGGAAUGACUGUUGCACUGUCUGAUAUCGUUGUGCUACGUGAUCUCCUUAAGCCUCUGCGUGACCUGAACGAUGCACCUACUCUUUGCAAAUAUCUUGAAUCUUUUUACACCUUGCGCAAGCCUGUGGCUUCCACAAUAAAUACUUUGGCAGGUGCCCUGUACAAGGUGUUUUGUGCUUCACCUGAUCAAGCAAGGAAGGAAAUGCGCGAGGCAUGCUUCGAUUAUUUAAGCCUAGGAGGUGUUUGCUCAACAGGGCCAGUGUCUUUACUGUCAGGUUUAAACCCCCGCCCAUUGAGCUUGGUUGUCCAUUUCUUUGCGGUGGCAAUAUUCGGUGUUGGUCGGUUGUUGUUGCCAUUUCCCUCUCCUAAACGCAUGUGGAUCGGAGCCAGAUUGAUUUCGAGUGCAUCAGGAAUCAUCUUCCCUAUUAUCAGGUCAGAAGGAGUAAGGCAAAUGUUCUUCCCUGCAACUGUUCCUGCUUAUUACAGAGCUCCUCCUGUUUAUUAAGGGUUGUGAAAAGCGAAUUAAACACGCAUGGACUGUCAAGAUUGGCUAGUGUUUGCAGUAACUGCUAUCUCUUAUUCAAAAGUUAGUGUGGAGGACAACAAUAGCUUCUCCAAAGAGAAGAGAAAUUGUAACACAUUUUUUCUUUUUAGGUUUUUGUUUCAGUGUACUAAUUUCAUUCUUUCAAAUCAAAGUAAUAUGUAAUUGUAUUCCUUCAAUGUAUUCUUGAUGCUUAUUUCAUUGAUUGGUUA